UUGAGUUGCAGUGGUAGUCAGGUCCUGGUGGGUAUAAGAACAUAUUGUAUAGUUCUCACCCUGUCACUGGAGGUUCGACUUUAUUCUGUUUGAUUAGAGGACCUGUAGAUCAGCAGCCAUGGCCAAAUUCACCUUCCACGGAAUGAUGGCGCCGACUUUCGCUCCCUUUCACAGCGAUGGAUCGCUGAACCUCGACGUUAUCCCUGCCUACGCGAAGCACCUGCGGAAGACGGGUGUUACAGGGGCGUGGGUGAAUGGCACGGCAGGCGAAGGGAUGUCCAUGACCGUGGCUGAGAGGAAGAAGUUAGCCGAAGCCUGGCUGGCCUGCAAGAAGGACGUGGGCACCGUGAUUAUCCAGUGUGGGGCAGGAUGUCUACUGGAUACUCAGGAGCUGGCCAGACACGCCGAGUCCCUAGGGGCGUGUGGAAUAGCGGUCUUCCCCUGCAUCUUCGACAAGCCCCGGAGCACCGAUGAACUCGUAGACUACAUGGUGGAGGUGGCGAAGGCAUGUCCACGCACACCGCUCUUCUAUUAUCACAUCCCCAUGAAGACUCAGGUUAAUCUGUCCAUGAGCGAGUUCCUGCAGAAGGGCGUUGAGCGAAUCCCAACCUUGUCUGGCCUCAAGUUCACCGACGGAGAUGUGUCUGGCGAAGGGAAGAAGUGUCUGGAGGUGUCCGGCCGUUCACUCACCAUCUUCAACGGCUUUGACGAGCACCUCCAGGAAGCCGUCAGUCAAGGCUUCAGCUGCGGCGUGAACGUGUGCUACAACUUCAGCGCGCAUCAUGCAGCUGAUAUUUUCUCCCUCAUGAAAGCAGGCAAAGACGAGGAAGCCAGGGAAGCUCAGAAGGCCAUUGUCAACCUGCUGGGGGUCAUCUUCAAGCAGACUGGAGGAUUUUCGGUCGCAGGAGUGAAGGCCGCCAUGACAAUCCUGACAGGCCUCGAUGUGGGUCCUUCCCGUCUCCCUGUCAAGCCCUUCACGCCAGCCAUGAAGGAGGCACUGAAGGCUGACCUUGCCGCCCGUGGGAUGCUGAAGUAAAAGGGAAAAGGGAGAUGGUGUCUGUUGAUGAUAAUGGGUCGUGGUGAUAGGGAUGCUGGAGGAUCUCUUUGGAUAGGAUGAUAAAUGGGUACGUGUUCUCUGAAUGACGUGUGGGUAUGGCGUGUGGGUAUGUGGUUAUUUGGAUAUAGAUGCGCCUGUCAUAUGCCCAUAUCAUCGUCGUUGAGAGAUAUAUGAAUGUACUUAUGCAACGGGGGUUGUUAAAGAAUCGUUAUUUUUUUCAGCAUGCAAAUGUUUCAUAAAUAAAAAUUCAAACAUGA